GAAAGACGUUCCUCCAGGAAGCCAGGAGUCGAGGCCUACCCGCUCAAGCUUUUCUUCUCGAAGUUGAAGCUUUGGUGUCGCUGCUGUGAGGUUCCGGACGAGGUCGUUGGGCCUCUCAUAGCUGGACGUCUCCAAGGGCGAGCUCAGAGGAUAGCAUUGGAGUUGAAGCUUGUGCGCCCGGACGGCACCUUCGACGUCGGGGACGCGGCCCUCGUUCGCCUCAGCGUCGACGAGGUGAUUGACCCGGCGGACGGUGUGACGAUUCUCCAGAGGCACAUCCCGAGCGGCGUACAGGCAUUAUGCAAUACGUUGAGAGAUGCCUUCGGAGAUACGGACGAGGCUCAGACGACGAAGGCUCUCGAAGUUUUCUUUGAACAUAAACGACCUCAUGGGCAAGAGCUUCAGGAGUUUGCGGCUGAGUGGGACCUGAGGUACGAGGAUGCCAAACUGAAGGCCGGUCUGGACAUGAACCCGGUGGCUAAGAGCUACUUGUGGCUAAAACAGAGUGGCCUAACGCAGAAGCAUCAGGACGACCUUCGACUUCAGGUGCAUGGAGACCUCAGCCGCUUCAACGACUUGAGAGCUCUUGCCAUUCGACUAUCCCGUCGUGUUGCUGACCGUUCCGGAGGCUCCGGCGACGUCUUCUACGAAGAGGACAUCAACUACGAGCACGGCGCCUCCGAGGAUUGGUACGGCUGGUCCGAUUGGGACGAUGACGGCUACUGGGCCGAAACCUGGUGGCAUGAGGAUGAUUGGAGCAACCAUGACGACGGCUACCAGGACGGCGCGUGGUACGAGGACGACGAAGAGUUCUACGAGGCAGAGGAGCAACCCUGGACAGGCGAUCCCGCCAGUGAGCCUGGGUAUCAAGGUGAGGACAGCCAGCGUAGCAGCAUGCGAUCCGAUGGAGAAGCAGUGUACAGCGCUGGCAGCGGAAGAGGAAAAGGCUCUGGGCCCUUUGGCUCUGGUUGCUACAUCUGUGGCAGCAAGUGGCAUCUGGCGGCUGACUGCCCGGUUCGUGGAAAAGGAAAAGGCAACGGCAAGCCAUCGACAAAGGGCAAGGGCAAAGGAAAGUUCCGUAAGGGCAAGUCGAAGGGCAAGUACAAGGGCAAAUCCAGCGGAAAGAGUGCAGGCAAGUACCGUCCUCAGAAGGGUGCAUGGGGUUCUGGAAAGUCAAGCUCCUGGCACCCGCGCUACUUCGUGAACUACGAUCACGACUACGACUACGAUGAACCUUCUCAGCUUCGACAUGCCCGAGUUGGCCUUCACCUUGGAGAUUCUCCUCCUAAAGAACCUCCUCGACCACCAGUACCUUCGACAAUGACGCAGCACUUCGAUAUCAAGGACCCGCCUGGCACGAGAAGCGAGUAUUUCGAAGACCUACUUCGUCUGGAGAGAGCGGGCAAGGCGACCACGACGGUGUCCACUGAGGAUGCGACGGCUACGACCUUAGAUCAGAAUGCGGAAGCCUCCACGGCGGCGCCUUCGAAGAACCUUACCUUCUUCUUCCGCACGAACGAGGACAACAGCGACAACGAAGAAGGCGAGCGACAUCGAACCUACCAUGGACAACCAGAGACGAGCGACAUCUUCCACACCGUCGGCGGACGACGACGUCGAGGUCUGAUCAUUGAUCCUGGAGCAGCGAACGGGCUCAUCGGCACGGAGACGCUACGAGACCUUCUCAACAACAUUGACAAGGCAAAGCAGGUCAACGACACCCUGGUCUGGAAGCCCAAGCAGUCCGAGGUCACCGGAGUCAGCGGUGCUGCUGAUACGACGCUGGGAGAGGUUACCCUGGCGCUCCCGAUGAUCCCUGGAUUGGAGUCUGCUCACUACAAGGCAGAUGUCAUUGGUGGCGAGGCGAGCAUGUGCCCAGCUUUGGUAGGCAAUCCUGCCCUUGUGAACAUGAAAGCAGUACUCGCCUCCAACUGGUUCUCCAACAAGGAUGGCCUCCUCAUCAUCCCCGACAGCGAGAACGAGAUGCACAUGAUCCGCCUCCUGUGCACCGACUCCAGACACUACCUCCUUCCCUUGGACUCCGAGACCGAUGCUGCUCAGUCCUCCGAAACGUUUGAGAAGGCCAAGACGUUUCUGAUGCAAGCAGCGGACAAGUCCAAGGAAAAGUGGAACGAUGUCAGAACAUGGUUCGCAUGGGUGACGACGCCAAAGCGGAAGCGGAGUCAAGAUGUACAUCGACCACAAGCAGACGACCACGACAUGCACUACCAGGACAUGGUUGACGACGUUGACCUCAUGAACUACCAGAAGAGCUCUGACCACGACACGAGGAAGAAAGAAGUGCACUUUGACGUCGAGAAGACUCCAACAGCGACGACUACCGCAUCACCCGAGAACGUGGCCGACUCUGGGGCCAAGGCAGAUCAGAUUGCCUCAGGCGAAAAGACUCCGACAGCGACAACCACAUCACGCAAGAACGUGAUCGACUCUGGGGCAUCCAAUGAUAGUGAAGCAGUCGAAGUAGCGCCAGACCAGCAGUUCCGUUUUGCCACGCAAAUCCUGUCUGACGAGGUUCUGGCGACAUCGACCAUAGAGGCAAAGUUCGACACUCCCACAGUCUAUCCCGGUGACAGUCAUCCUCCAGGACCACCAGCGCAAAGGGCGCAAAAGCUGGAUCGUCAGUACAAGGCCAUUCACGAGGAGUUCUACAACAAGUCUGGUUAUCUGCCAGUCUCCCCAGAAAAUUUCCAUCAAUGGAAGCAGACCACGAAGGCAAAGAAGAAGGCCCAGUUUGGGUAUGGCUGGGAUCUCGGCAACUCCAGCCAUCAAACUAUGCUGCUGGAAGCUCAAAGUCAACUGCAACCUGACGUGAUCAUGCUCUCUCCUUCUUGCGGACCCUGGAGCACCUCGGCCAAUCGUCUGGCUCCAGAGGAUUCUGAACGUCUUCGAGAGGAAGAACGACGCACACUCACUUUCAUCAAGAAGCUUGCGAAGAACCAAGUCGACGAAGGACGUGGUGUGCUGAUCGAGAAUCCAUGGGGAUCUGCUUUGUGGAAAAAGUCGGUUCUGGCCAACAUCGAGAACGAGAUUCCCAGUUUUCGGCCGAAGCAGAGAGCAGAUCAGUGUGCCUACGGUGCGAUUGAUGAGCACGGCAAGCCCAUCCAGAAAGCCACCGGUGUGCAAGCCAACUUCACAAUAAGGGCCAUGGUGAAGGACAUCAAGAAGUUCAUAGCGAAGUCUGCGGCACGCAACACACUUUGGUUCCUCGAGAAUGUCGACACGCCUCAGCACUUCCGACACCCGCGACAUCCUCAAGCAGCCGAACCACCUCAUGUGCGGACGGCAGUGACUACACCUAUGCCACAGAUUCUUGAGGAGUACAAGCAGGCAGCGAUGAGGAAACCCAAUUUGGAUGACAUCAAGCUGCAGCUUCCCGAAGAGUUCGUCAUGACUGCAAUCGACACCUUCAUGAUCAAAAGUCUACUGACCGACUUGGUGAACGACAGUGUCAACAUCAUCUCGGAGAAGAAGGGCAAGCACAAUCAUUGGAGCCAAGACCCGCUUCACCUUGCGAUUCUGAGAAAGGUCUUCAACAAGGUCAUGAACGUCAAGGGCGUGUGCACCUCGUUGCAUGCGGAAACAUUUCCCCUGCCCAUGCCUUUCCUUCGUACCGAAUCUGCACCUCUCAGGAUGAUCAUUCGUGGAGAAGUUAAGGCAUGGACACUCAAGCCCAUUGAAGACCUCAGGACUUACACCGACAGUCAGCUCAAGGCGAAGUCCUACAAUGAAGACUGGGUGAUUGCCAUCUUCGGCUCGGCUCCAAGGGACAAGGAUUACUGGGAGAUCGACCGCGCGAGAGGACGAUGGACAGGCGCCACGGAGUUCCAGAUUCAGGCCCCAGAUGACGACGAGGAGGAGCACAAGGAUCCGAUCGAGAAGAGCGCUGAAGCACGCGAACAGCAGCUCGACAAUGAGGAUCAACAAGCCGAAGCGGAAAACAAUGACGUGAUGGAUCUAGAAGAUUCAGGCGCUUCCAUCGAUCCACCACGCAGGUCCAACUUCGACUUCAGGCGAGUUCUGGUACGACUUCCUCGACUGGCGCGCAACGACGUGGAGCAGGCCAAGCGACUCAUACUUGGCUUACACGAACGCUUCUGGCACGCCAACGCUGGCGAUCUUCAGUCAUUGCUGACGAAGUCAGGCAUGCCUUCGGAUGUCGUGAAGCUGGUGCCAGAGGUCGUAGCAGGCUGCUCCAUAUGCCGCAAGUACAGCAAGCUGAAAUCGAAGCCGACUGUGAAGGCGAAACAUCCCAUGACGUUUGGCGAAGAGGUUCAGGCCGAUUACUUUCAACUGUGGGAUCAAUGGUUCCGCUGGCUUCGCUUCUUUGGCCCUAUGAGGAAGCUGGUGUCUGAUCAAGAGUCAUGCCUCAUGUCACAUGAGGCAGCUGCUGAACUAGAGCGCCUGAACAUCAGCCGUGAACCAGCUGGAACUACACGAGGCAAGGCGCAAGGGCAGCACACCACAACAGGCUUGGUGGAAAAGCGCACGGACCUGGUCAAGAUUCAUAUGCUGAAGAUACGUGCCGAAGCCGAACGUGCUGGACUAGAAAUCAGCGAGAGCGACAUCGCGGCCGAAGCUGGUUUCGCACAGAAUGCUACCGUGAACCUGGCCGGAUACACUCCACACAUGUUGGUCACGGGCAGUUUGCCCUUUCCGUUCUAUGACAUCGAUUCUGCUGGAUUGCAAACCGUCUCAGGUGCCAACAUGACACGUCCCUCGGUCUUUGAGCAUGCACUUCGGCUGAGGCAGAUCGCGUUGGCAGCAGCGUCACAGGCCAUCACGGAGGACCGCGUUGCGCGUGCUGGCCACACUAGACCGCAGAGGCUUCCUACGGAGAACAUGCAGCCCGGCGUCACUGAGAUUGAAUUCCACCGCGAGGAUGCCGAUGGUCUGGGUUGGCGUGGUCCCGGGUUAUUGCUGAAGCUGCAGGACAAUGGCUCAGCAAUCAUUGAAUAUCAGGGACGUCCGUACCUGGUGCCACUCAGAAACCUCCGGAUCUUCCGUGGGACGUAUUAUGCCAACCACCUCUCUGAGGUUGACAACAAGCGGCAGCAAGAGCUGGAUUCAUGGCUCUCACUGCGGUCCUUGAUGCAGAGCACCGAGGCCUGUGUUCCCUUUAGGAUUGAUACCUUCGGCCACCUCAAGAAUUCCACAGGCAAGUGGACACUCCUUCCCAAGGCGAUGGAUCCCAGACAACGUCAAGGUAUCCUCGAUGACAUCGUCAAGGCGGCGAACUUCCUCACCAGUAAGGAGUGUCAUGGAAUUUGUGUGGGCAUUGCUCCUGCCGGCGCGACUGGAACUCUGGUUGCAUGGAAGAAGCAUACCGUUAGGAUCUCCAUCGUCGACAAUCCGCGCGGCGCACACAUGGCCACAACCAAUACCCGCAUGACUGGUCGUGAGGACAUGUGUUUCAUCUACUUCUACAGCUAUGCGGAGGACUUCGUGGAACCACCACCUGCCGAGUGGUUACCACGCGGCACUCCGAUGGAAGAAGCUCCUUUAGUUCCAGCGGAUCCACCGUCAGCAGCUCGAUCAUCUCCUGAGACGAUCACUGAGUCGAUGGAUGUGGAUCCUGCCUCCUCAAAACGCGAUGGUCCUGAGUCUCGGACAGUCACGCUUGGCUCGGAGAACAAGAAGCAACGCACGUCCUGGACUUUGCCACCUUCGGAGUUCAUGGACGAGACCUUCAUGAACAUGGUGCGUUCAAGACGGGUCGUUCAGCUAGACGAGGUUGCUGAGGACAAGCCAACCGAGUCCUUUCACUCGUCGUUGCCGACAACAUCUUCUUCCAACCUCUUUUACAUGUCCACACCUGGGUGGUUGGCAGAUUUGCACGUCGGCGACAUCUUUCGCGUUGACUCCGAGACGGACUUGAUCUCCGAAGAUGAGGCCUAUAACAUAUGGCCAGAGUGCGAGGAGGGCGACUUAAAGGAAGUUGGUCAGUUUGUUGAUCAAGAUGCUUUCAAGCCAGUGCGUCGCGACGAGCUGGGCAAGGACUGUGCCAUCAUUGACGCCAUAUGGGUCAGAAAGUGGAAGCGCACCGCCACAGGCAAGAUCGUGAAGAGCCGACUCUGUGCCAGAGGGCUUUCUCAACGACUCAUCCUCCUUUCUGCGGCCAACGUCCGGGGCAAGAUCUUGGAGAGCUGGGGCGUGGCAGGUGCCUUUCUAAAAGGGCUGACGUACAAAGAGCUAUGGCGAGCACUUCGUGAGUUGGGGCUUCAAACGGUCGAACGACUCAUCGCCAUCGACCCCCCGAGGAAUGUCUGGAGACAUCUCAAGAGACUGGGUAAGCGCUUCAACAUUCCCGAGGAAGACCUUCACCUGUGCGUCUUUCUUUGUCUGAAACCUGUGUGUGGCCUGUCAGAAGCACCUUUGGCUUGGCAGCUGUUUCUCCACAAGUUUCUUCGUGAGCUUGGUGCCCAGCAAUCUCAUUUUGAUGAGAACUACUGGUUCUGGCCUGCCAAUACUCAAGGUGCCUGGCCACGAUCAUCCCUCACAACACACGUGGAUGAUCUUGCAGUGGAAGGUUUCAAACGCUGGCUCGAUGAUACUUUCAUCCACAUGGUCAAGAAGUUUGGUAAACUGUCCCGAGAGAGCUUGCCAUUCAACCAUUGUGGCUGCAGAUACUCUGCCACGAGUGACGGUCUCAAGGUCGACCAGAGCGAGUACGUGAACAUGCUGAAGCCCGUGGAUGUCAACAAGGAUGACUCCGAUGAUCGUUUCUUGACUCCCCAGGAAACGACCACGCUUCGCUCAGCUGUGGGCGGUUUGAUGUGGACGAGUUUGACGCGUCCUGACCUACUUGCUGAACUAUCAUGUCUGCAGAGCAUCAUGAACAAGGGGCAAGUCAAGCACCUCAAGGACGUCAACCUCCUCAUUGACCGCGCAAAGAGGGACAAGGAUGCGGCCAUUUUCUACCGACCUCUCCUGGAGGCCCGCUAUCGCAUAGUUGUGAUCCACGAUGCCUCAGCUGCCACCUCGACGAAGAACUAUGCUCAAGAAGGUGUGAUCGUUGUGCUGAUGAAUGACUUCAUCGACACCGACCGCAACCACAUCAUCGCUAGUGACGAGUUCGCGAGGUCUACGCUCAGUGGCAAGGCUCAACUAUUGCACGUCCAGUCAAGCAAGGCGAAGAGAGUUUCAUACUCAACCAGUCACGGCGAAACAUUGGCCGCGAUAAACGGCCUAGAGUGUGCUACGCUGGUGACAGCCAGGUUGGCAGAGAUAACAUAUGGGCCGACUCGGCCAUCUGUUGCUCAGCUUUUGGCGGUGCAGGAAAACGGCUGCGUCUGGUUCCCCGCUGACAGUCAUACAGACUGUAAAGACUUUUACGAAUUGUCGACAGGGGCGAGGGCGAUACCACAGGAUAAGAGUCAACGACUCUAUCUUAUCGCCCAUCGUGAGGCGCGAGCCUCCGGAAGACUUCGUUGGCUCAUACUUACGCCUACUGAAUGUAUGACAGCGGAUUCUCUCACGAAGGUGAUGACUUCACCAUGCAUGAUGAAAUGGCUCACCACCGGAUGCAUCGACUUCUGGAAUACGGGUCAUCCUCUUGACCAUUCUGAUCAGCAUCUCUUCGGCCGCGAUGGCUGUUUCUCUGGACCGGUGCUGUUGCAGGCGAGCUUCACCGCCUUCUACGACUGCCUCCACGGCUUCUUCUUCGGCAAGUGCGGCAGCGGGUCCAACUACUGCGCCCUCUACAACUGCUGCUGCUCCUUCUGCAGUGAGUGCUACGACAAGCACUACUGA